AUGGCGUGGUCGAGUCCUUUGGAAGUCAUCUUUCUGUCGGUCAAUCACAGCGUCACCUUCGUGGGAAAGGUGUGGCUCGUUGUGAUGAUCUUUUUACGCGUCCUCGUCCUCCUUUUCGCCGGUUACCCUCUGUACCAGGACGAGCAGGAGCGAUUCGUUUGCAACACCAUCCAACCGGGAUGCGCCAACGUGUGCUACGAUAUCUACUCCCCCGUCUCUCUUCUCCGCUUCUGGCUGGCGCAGCUUGUCACCCUAUGUCUGCCCUAUGUUGUCUUUACCAUCUACGUGGUCCAUAAGGUGUCAAACAGCCUCACUGUGGUCAUCGGCGCCUGUAAUCCAGAUAAAACCUUACCGCUCUACAAGAUCCAGCAGGAACUGUGCACAAAGAAGACAAAGGAGCGAGGGUGGGUUCAGUGCUUCACCGGAGCCUACAUCCUCCAGCUGAUAUUCAGGACGUUGCUGGAGGCAGGGUUUGGGGCGGCUCACUACUAUAUGUUUGGGUUCUACGUCCCCAGGAGGUUUCUGUGCCAGAACCCUCCAUGCACCACCCAAGUAGAUUGCUACAUCUCUAGACCCACGGAGAAGACCGUGACGCUCAACUUCAUGCUCGGCGUGGCGGCGCUGUCCCUUUCCCUGAACAUUCUGGACUUCAUCUGCGCUAUUAAACGUCACGUGAGACAGAAGCAAAGGACAGAGAUGAUUUAUGAGGAUGAGCAUGGAGCUCUAAACUGCAGAGGUUCUUCGAGAGGGAUCGAAUCAAGUCAGAAUGCGACCUCCGUCCCUCGUCCCUUGGAACCUCUGGGCUGCAACACCAACGGGAACGACGGCUACUCCGCUUCCCAAGAGGAAACUCCGGAAAAGGACGGCAGCGAGGUGGCACUCUGUCCCUUAGAACCGACGGGGAAAGCCAUUUGUGUCAAUAAACGCAGCAGGCUCAAACCUCCGCCGCCCCCGAGACGGGACUUGGCGUACCGCCCCGCGCUUCUACCGAGGCCCGUCCGAGGUGAUCCCGUGGCAACGGCGGCAUGCACCGGGAGGAUCGGUCAGUACACGCUGGUGGAGCUGGGGGGAGGGUCUGACCGAUCUAACCAAGAAGGUCAGGAGAAAAGAUCAGAGUGGGUGUGA